AUGAGAGUCAAAGCAAUUACCCUAGGCACCACACAUCCUUCAGCUCUUUCUCUCUACAUGAUACCUAUCCAAGACAACCAACCACUCGACUUCUUCUCUCUUGACGAUCUACGCUAUAUAUUCACCAUAAUUCACUCUCCAACCUCAGAGGAAAUCCACUCAAUCACUCGGCUAGUCCAGAGUAGUCCAGAGUCCAUAUGUACCGACCAAAACGGCCAUAUCUAUCUACAGUCUCAAUUGGUUAUCGCCAUCGCCUGUCGUCUGCAGCUCUAUGCCUUGGCAGAGUUAUGUAGACUCUCUCACAAGGAUCUGUUGGCAGGAACAGCCAAUCCUUUACUCCAGAGUCUAUCCUUUACUCUCAAACCCAACACACACCCGCACAUAACUGAGCACACAUUAAUAUUGGAUUGGAGCAUAACCGAUGCUACUCUGUCACAUCUUGCUCAUCUAUUCAUUGAACAGCACCAUAUCAGUUCUGACGAUGGCGAAUUUACACAAGAAUCAGUUUCAGAUACUGAACAGACUCUUUUGGAAUGGUGA